AUGCAUGCUGUGCAUCCAAGUGUUGUUAUUGUCAUCGGGGUGCUAUGCACGAUGUUUUGUUUAACAUUUCUUGUACUCGCUUGCAUGAAAUUCUGUCAAUCGGAUGUACUUCAACAAAUCCCUCAUCAACUUCCUAGCUCAAGGUCACGGUUUUCUGGGAUUGACAAGAAAGCAAUCGAAUCUUUGCCCUUUUUUAGAUUCUCAUCACUUAAAGGAUCAAAAGAAGGGCUAGAGUGUGUAGUGUGCUUAUCGAAGUUUGAAGAUUCGGAGGUUUUAAGGUUGUUGCCUAAGUGUAGGCAUGCGUUUCAUAUGAAUUGCAUCGAUCAAUGGCUAGAAAGUCACUCUAGUUGUCCUCUUUGUAGGUAUAAAUUUGUUUUAUCCGAUAUCACAAAUUUCACAUGCACAAAUAGUUUAAGGUAUACGCAAGACGAGGGUUUUAGUAAUCUUGAAGUGUUUGUUAAGAGGGAACACGAUGGUUCUUCUAGGUCAUCGAGGUUUAGUAUAGGAAAUAGCUUUAGGAAAUUUGCGAAGAGUCCUAAAGAAGAUGUCUUAAUUCAAUAUGGAGAUCAAAGCUUGUUUGAUAAGUUCAAACAUAGGAUCAUUGUAUCCGACAUUGUUUGCAAGAGUCGAUGGAGUGAUGUGAAUUCCUCAGACUUAAUGUUUUUGAACUCGAAGAUGCUUAAUGAGGUUUCAAAGAAGCAUUUCUCACCUUCGGGUAGUGGGAGAUUUGAAAUAGAUGUUGAACAAGCGAUGAAGUUUAAGGAGGAUAUGGAAAGAAGAAGAUUAUAUGAAUCCAAGGUUGGUAAAAUCCUCGAUAGUGGCGAAACAUCGAUUUCAAAUUUGCAGUUUCCUAGGUUUCAGACGGAUCAGGAGGCAGAGGGUAUGCAGAAGAGAUCAAUGUCAGAGAUUACAAAUGUCUCAAGAUUUAGAGAAACAAGAAGUUCAUAUUGGGCUAGUAAUGCGAAAGACGAGAAGUUACAAAGCGUUUGGUUGCCGAUGGCAAAAAGGACAAUUCAAUGGUUCACAAAUCGGGAGAGAAAUUCGUUUGAAAUGAGAACUUGA